AUAGUCAUGGCAACUAAGAAAAUCGUCAAGCCUCGGGGACAAGAGCCGGAUGAGUGGGACACGAAGGUGGCUUCCGAGCUUAUGAACCUUGAGAACAACAACCCCGAGUGGAAGGCCGACCUGAAGGACCUGUACAUCACCGCGGCUAAGGAGGUGGACGUCGGGAAGACCCAAGCGAUCGUCGUCUUCGUCCCAUACAGGCUCUUGAAGGCCUACCACAAGAUCCAACAGCGUCUCGUCCGAGAGCUGGAGAAAAAGUUUAGCGGCUCGCACGUGGUGGUGAUCGCGCAACGCACCAUCCUGGGCAAGUCUUACGGACGUUCCACCAAGACCAAGGGACCCCGACCCCGGUCGCGCACACUGACGGCGGUACAAGACGCGAUCCUGGAGGACCUGGUCUACCCCACCGAGAUCGUGGGGAAGCGGACGCGCUGCAAGGUGGACGGCACGAAGACCCUCAAGGUCUUCCUGGACAACAAGGAUCAGAUGAACGUGGAUUACAAGCUCGACACCUUCAAGGAGGUGUACAAGAAGCUCACCAAUAAGGAGGUGGAAUUCACCUUCUUCGUCAAGCAGACAGAGGCCUGAGGGGUGUUGGGGGGGAGCGGGCGGAAAGGGGAGUCACGCUCUUGGCUCGCGAGGGUCUGGGCGAGAGGGAGUGUGGGCUGAGCGCUGCCAGUAGAGGCAGGCCGUAAGAAUACUGCAAAAGAAAAAACUCGCGAGUGAAAAGAAAGAGGGCAAGAGCUGGGGGGGGGAUCGGGGACCGGCCUCGGCGUGCCUUCAUUUUUGGUUUUCGGAUCGAGGUGGUUUUUUUAAGCUUCUUCGGCGAGACUGAGCCCUCGCGUCUGCUUCCACUCCUCAAACUUGCUCUCCGACGUAUACUGACUCAAGCACGCGUUCA